AAUUAAAAAACGGAAUUUUAAAAGAUUGUUACUGUUUAUUUUUUUAAGCGAAGAUUUGAAAUACCUUCGUUUGGACUAAAUAAAUAUUUUUGAUUGAUUUGGUGUAUGAGGUGGGUCAAUGCAUUGGAUGCAGGUUCUAUUUACCAUUCUCUAUGUCUUGACCAUACUCUCUAUAAUGUCAAGUGUUAUCUCGAGUCCUAUCAAUCAUUAUAAUGUUUUAAGUUACGGAGCAGUUGGUGAUGGAAAUGAAGAUGACACUCAGGCAUUUGUUGAGGCAUGGAAUGCUGCUUGUCAUUGUGAUGAAGACACACCUAGAUUGGUUGUUCCUGAAGACAAGACAUUUUUGGUGAAUCCUAUCAACUUUUUAGGCCCUUGCAAGUCUGGAAACAUCGAAGUUGUGCUAUCAGGAACAAUUAUAGCUCCUGAUGGUUCCAAUCCCUGGAUGGAAAAUAAUGUUGGAAGAUGGUUAGCUUUUCGAGAUGUACAUGGGCUAAAUAUAACUGGGGAUGGCAUGCUAGAUGGUCGUGGAGAGAGAUGGUGGGAUUUUUGCAAACAUCAUCGAGUAAAAAGUUGCAACAGACUUGCUCCUUGGAUACUCGGUUUUUCGAAUUGUACUGAUGUUCACAUGAGAGGAAUUAACACUGCACGAAGUGGUGGAGGUCAUAUAUUCAUCUUUGGUUGCGAAAAUGUUGAUCUUGCAUUCUUGAAUAUACAAGCACCUGCAACGAGCCCUAACACAGAUGGUAUUCAUAUUUCACAUUCAAGUUUUAUAUACAUUGACCAAUGUACUAUUGGCACUGGCGACGAUUGCAUUUCCAUGGUAGAUCGUACAUACAAUGUUAACAUAACAAAUGUUGAUUGUGGACCUGGUCAUGGUAUAAGUAUUGGAAGCUUAGGUGCAAAUGGAGAAGUUGUAGAUGUUCAGAACAUAACUAUUAGAGAUAUUAACUUCUACGGAACAACUAAUGGUGCAAGGAUCAAGACAUGUAGGGCCGGGAGAGGUCGAGUUCAAGAUGUUUAUUUCUAUAAUAUAAACGUUACAGAAGUGAAAAAUCCGAUUAUUAUUGACCAACAUUAUGGUGAAAAAAAAUCACAUUCAACAAAAAUGAGAGCAGGAGUUCACAUAAGCGAUGUGCAAUUUUUUGGAUUCUUUGGGACAUCGAAGAGCAAAGUGGCUAUCGAUCUGAACUGCAGUGAGAAUGUGCCUUGUACCAAUCUCAGUUUGGGAAAUAUUAGAUUGGGACCUGCAGAAUCAGGAGAGGUCACUUCUACCUGCAAUAAUGCUUUUGGAUCAACCUAUGGAGUUGUGAGGCCCAAGUCUUGUCUGAGAUACCAGCGGGAAAGUAAUUAAAUACCAAUUUGUGGAUCCAUGAAAACAAUUGCUUAGGUUAUGAAAUCAGAGUUUAAAAAGACAAAAAGGAGAAAAAAGGGUUUCCUUUAUUGUUUAAAAAGGGUUUCCUUUAUUGUUUAAAAAGGGUUUCCUUUAUUGUUUAAAAAGGGUUUCCUUUAUUGUUUCAUGCUAACAAGUUUCUACUGUUGGUGGCAUACUAAUAUGAUGAAUAAAGAUCUAUAUUUUCACA